UUGUAAGUUAUUUUGUAGCCUAAACAUGAGUUUAAAAAUAAAGCUGACCAAUUCAAACAUAUUUUUGACUGGGUGUGGGAGGGAAAAUACCACAAUGCUUGCUUGAUAUGUCUGCAAGUUGUGUCGGUGACAAUUUAAUACGUCAGUUUUCCUUAUGACACUUUCUGCGUUAUGAAAAGUUUGAAAUCUCACACUAAAUGUAGAUAUAAUAAGAUUUUUGUGAGUUUUUUUUGUGGUUUUCGCAUGCUUUAGUCUAAAAAAAUGUCAAUUAAUGAGCAAUGUAUUUGACAAUAAAUGUGUUUGUUUUGAAUUGCACUGUUUACAUGUUUUUAGCACUAUUGUGGCCCACGAGGUCGACAACCUUGGACCACCUCGGCCUAAUUACUGACAGACUGGAGUCUACUGGCAGACUGGUAUGAAAUAAACAUCACAGAAUCAGUUUUAUUUCUUAAUUCUGUAAUUUGUGUAAGACUGAUUUUUUCACUUCUGUACUUGUUGGAAAAAAUAAACUCAACUUGUUCUAUUACAGUAUUAUAACAAUUUUCUUUUUGAUGCUGAAUGUGUGUCGGUAUGAAUUUUUGUAUAAUAAUUCAAAAUGGUGCCAAUACUUUUUAUUGGCAGAUUGGGUUCACAAUCACAUGGCCUCAUUACGGCAAUAAUUUCAACUUUCUCUGCUUCUGAAGUUUUUAUCCACUUAUUUCUUCCUUUAUCCCUACAAUUCAGUAAUUUAACCAAGUAACAGAUUCUUAUCAUUGAUGUUGUUUAUGAUAUGAAAACUCUCUCUUGUUCUCAUAUCAAGCAUUAGACACUGCGGUAGGCUAUAUAUGUACUGAUGUAUAUAGCGAUAACCAUUUUUCGAAUUUUGAGGUCUACUUUAUGUCUGUGUAAUUAUGAACAAAAAGAUUGAAGAUUAAUUCAAAUGCUGAAUGUUUAUAAGAAUAAUUCUAAGCUGGAAUUCACAGCCCAGUAGCAUUUGUCAGUGGGGUUAUUUUGCUAGCUCGUACUCUCCCAAAUCACUGAACGUUGUGCGAAUAUCUGAUAUACAGGCAGAUUGAAACUGCGUUAACUGAGUUGAUUUUUGAUUGUUUACUCGUACAGUGUCACCUGUUUAUGCAGUGUUGUUAUUCUCUUACUGUCUUGCCACAGUAAUUUGCAAUGUUUUCUCUGGAUAUGAUGUUAAUAUGUAUAGCAUAUUGAUAAGUCAAUUUUACUAAUUUCUCAGAAUUUGUGAUUGUGCUUUUCUUCCAAGCAACUUAUUCCAUCAUGUAAUUUCAUCUUUUCAUUAGAAUGAUAUAACCUAAUAAAAAUUAUCAUUGAACUAAUUGCAGCAAAAAAGUUUAAUUUAUUUCAAAACAAAAAUGAAUGAUAUAUUUUCGGCAUGUCGUGAUGGUAACCUCAUGGCAGUCAAAGUUUGGUUGGAUAACACUGAAAAUGAUUUAAAUCAAGGAGAUGAUCAUUUAUUUAGUCCAUUGCAUUGGGCAUCCAGAUAUGGCCAUAAUACCAUUGUAGAAAUGCUAUUGUCCAGAGGGGCAAGAGUAAAUUCUGCAAACAUGGGUGAUGACACGCCCCUCCACAAUGCUGCUCAAAUGGGACGUCUUGAUGUUAUCCACAAACUUAUUCGAGAAAAGGCCGAGGUGAAUGCCUUGAAUGAACAUGGUAACACACCUUUACAUUAUGCCUGUUUUAACAACCACCCAGCUUCUGCAGAUGAACUAGUGUCUUGUGGUGCUCUUGUGAGCAUGUGUAACAAAAAGGGAGAAACACCGCUUGCUAGAGCCAGGCCAGAAUUAGCUCGAAGACUAGCAGAGCUUGCUCGUUCAAAAGGCCAGGAUUUGAAAACAAAAAUUCCAUUCUCGGAGAAUGUAUGGAAAGGAACAACCCGCACAAGGGCUAAAAAUGGAACUAUGAAUCAUGAAAAUGUCGAUUUGCGACAAUUAAAUCUAAAAGGUAAAAUUGCAUCAUCACAUUCUGGAGAAACAUGGAAAGGACGAUGGGGACAGACAGAAAUAUUAGCAAAAAUUCUUGCAGUCAAAAAUAUAACAUCAAGAAUAUCAAGGGCUUUCCAUGAAGAAUAUCUACGUUUACGAAUUUUUUCGAAUCCCAACGUUCUGCCAGUAAUGGGGAUUGUUAACAGCAAGAAUCUGGCAACUAUCAGCCCAUAUGCGAGUUAUGGAUCCCUGUACCAUGUCUUACAUGAAUCAACAACAACAGUAGAUCAAUCGAUUGCAUUACGUUUUGCAAUAGAUAUUGCGUCUGGAAUGCAAUUUUUACAUUCACUUGAACCAAUGAUUGACCGCUUGUUGAUCAACAGCAAACAUAUCAUGAUAGAUGAAGGAAUGACAUGCAAAGUGAACAUGGGUGAUGCAGGAUUUUCAUUCCAACCUCCAGGAAAACUAUACAAUCCCGCUUGGAUGGCACCAGAGGCUCUUCAAAAGAAAUCAAAUGAAAUUAAUCGUAAAUCAGCAGAUAUGUGGAGUUUUAGCAUUCUGCUUUGGGAAAUGGCUACGAGGGAAGUACCAUUUUCUGAUUUGGCAAAUAUGGAGUGUGGCAUGAGGAUUGCACUUGAGGGAAUGAGAGUAUCUAUACCACCUGGGGUUUCACCACACCUAAUGAAAUUAAUGAGGAUUUGUAUGAAUGAAGACCCUGCGAAGCGGCCCAAAUUUGACAUGAUUUUACCCAUCUUGCAGAAAAUGGUCGUUUGAUGUUAUUAAUAGCCGGCCAAAUUUUUAUAUGCGCUCAUGAAUGUUGCUGCAAAGAAGCGAUCUGUAGCAAAUAUAUUGCAGACAGAAUACAUUAUCAACUCAUCUAUGUUAAUCGGAAAGCCUCAACGUAAUAUUGCCGUUCUUGCCAGCAAUCUUAAGACUGGCAAGCUAAAGAAAGAAUAUAGUACAUGACUAAUAAGCUGCGGUAUUGUAAUUAACGAAUACCCAUUAUUGAUAGAGUAGUAAAAACUAAUAGAAUUCAUAAAGUGUUCGCAAAUAUUUCCUGUGCAAUUCGGAAUAUAUAACCGCUUCUAUAGCCGAGUACGAAUUCUAUAUUAGGUAACAUGCAAUAUAAUAAAGAACAUUAUUAUAUAAUCAGCCCACACUCAGUGCCAUAUUUGGUUGUGCAUUAUUAGAUUUCACAUUGAAUUAACCAUCAUUUUACUGUUUUUUAAAGAGCGAUGAGCUUAACACUCUUUAGGUCGAUCCCAUUCUAAUAACGUUCAAUGCCAUUUUUGAAGAGUACUCCUGAUUUAUUCCAACUUCUCAAGAGUCUCUUCCCAUCAACCUGGUAACACUAGAAGAUGUGGUUUUCAUAUAUUAUGGGGACAUACUAUAUAAAAGUAUAUUUCUUCCUUUUCCAUUUAACAUGAAAUAUGCCAACAUUCUUACUUCGUAAUGUUAUGAGUUGAGAAAUAUUUAUCAAACAAUUGACAUUGAUAUGCUUAAUUUGACUUACGAUCAUAACCUAAUAAAACAACAGUUUUUUAAUUUUUAUAUUCCAUACUUUGGAGAUAUUAAAAAUAGAUCAAGUUCUGCUUUUAGUAUGAUGAAAUUGAGAUUGUGCAUAAUAGUAAUGACGGUAACCAGUUUUGGUAAAUCAUACAUCUCCUUCUUUUACAGUAACAGUGAAACACAUUAGUGUCUGUUUAGGUGUAAGAAUAGCAUUUACUUGGAUGUUUGUAACGAAAUUAACUGUUGUUUCAUAACAUCAUGUCCCAUCUUUUUUACUAUAAUUUUACUAUUUUUGUGCAUGUUUAUUAUUCAUUUUUUUUGGUUGUUCCAUGAAUUUUCACUUUAAUUUAAAAGUACAUAAAAUAUAGCUAAUUUGUAUAAAGUCUUUUCACUAAUCCUAUUUUUAUCACUUUCUAUACUUAUCGGCUGCUAACGUGUUGGUAGAUCAUUCUUUAAUAAUAGAGGUAUCACUUUCUGAAUUGUUGACUCAAAUUAUGACACACUAGGAAACAUCGACAACACCUUUUGAAAUUUAAAUUUGUUCUAUUUUAAUGCUUUCUAAGCCUAGAGAUAUUCAUAGAAUUUGGUGGGUUUCUUUGGGGGUUCAUGUGAUAAAAAUUACUCUGAAAGUUGCCAUUUUUGCAGCAGGAAAAUUGUGUCAAAUUGCAAGCACAAUUUUUCAUCUGACUUUUUGCAAAACAGAUCAUGUAAUGAUAAACAUACAGGUACUUAAUCAAAAUGUCAUUUAUUUCAUGCUGUUUGGUGUGUCUGUGGUCCCAGAACCAUAAACUUAAUAUGACUUCAGUAAAAUUUAGAGUGACAUGGGCUACCUUUAUAACAGCUUAAAAUCUUUGUUAUUUAUAUAUUUUUGUAUAAUAUUAAAAUAAUCUUGAAUGCUAAUUUACAACUCUUCACUACACCAGAUGAUGGAAGCCUAAUGUCUCCUUACACAGAUAUUAUAUUGCCUAAUUGCAUAAAUUCUAAUACAAGCAAACUAAACAUUAUCCCAAUGUUCUUGAAAUACAGCUGCAUAUUCAA